AUGCCAAGGUCCAAACGUUCUAAAUUAGUCACACUAUCUAAAACUGAAGCUAAGACCCGUGAAUCUAAGGAAAAAAUAUUCGAUUCAGUAAGAGAAGCCUUAGACACUUUCCAGUACGUCUGGGUGUUACAGCUGGAUGACGUAAGGACUCCAGUCUUGCAAGAGAUCAGGUCUCAAUGGGUAGGAUCCCGUUUGAUUAUGGGGAAGCGUAAAGUGUUAAUAAAAGCUCUCGGUGAGACUCGCGAAAAUGAAUACAAGGAAAACUUAUACAAGCUAUCAAACCAUAUCAACGGUGUGGUGGGUCUGCUUUUCACCAAUGAGGAUGUCGCUACCGUUAAGGACUAUUUUACUGCAUACGAAAAGAAUGACUAUUCCAGGGCUGGUAGUUUGUCUCCUAUAGACUUUGUUAUACCCCAGGGAAUCGUGUAUUCUCGAGGCGGACAGAUUCCAAUCGAAGACGAUGUCCCCAUGGUCCAUUCUUUGGAACCCACUUUAAGAAACAAGUUCGAGAUCCCGACUAAGAUCGUGAAGGGUAAGAUUUUCCUUGAUCAACCAUAUAAAGUUUGCUCAAAGGGUCAGAAAUUGGAUGUUAGACAAAGUUUGAUAUUGAAGCAAUUCGGUGUGGCCGAAUCUAAAUUUAGAAUUAAAAUUCAAUGGUAUUACGAUAUCGCAAAUGCUGGGAUAAAAGAGGUUGAUGUUAAUCUUAAUCUUUCCAAUUAG